CAAGAUGAAUAUCUGGUGUUUAAUUGUUAUCAGUUUGCUUAAAGCUGUUGAAUCUAGUGACACAACUUUCCCGUUAAACAGACACCACGAUUAUGAAGAAUUGACGCAAGUUUUAAGAACAACGAAUGCCAAAUGCAAAGACAUAACAAGUUUAACAUCAAUCGGGAGGUCGGUCGAAGGAAGGGAAUUAUGGGUGAUGGUGUUUUCUAUUAACAGCACACAUCAUACACCAGGUGUACCGGAGUUUAAAUACGUUGCAAACAUGCAUGGCAACGAAGUAGUUGGGCGGGAAGUCCUUAUCGACCUCGUUCAGUAUUUCUGUGACGAAUAUCACAAGGGCAACAAGACCAUUGUUGAUCUGAUCACGAAUGUGAGGAUCCAUAUUAUGCCAUCUAUGAACCCGGAUGGCUACGAAAAGGCCGCAAAAUAUAAGGGCUACCCUAAAGAUUACGUCAGGGGGCGAAAGAACGCGGCAAAUUAUGAUCUGAACCGUAACUUUCCCGACUUUGAUAAGAUCGCUUGCCGGACCGGGGAUUCGAACCGUCUCGCUUACAAUAGAGCUUAUGUUUCUGAAGCUGUGAGGGGAAUCAAGAUUCAACCCGAAACCGAAGCUGUCGCUGAAUGGAUAAUGAGCAUUCCAUUUGUUUUAUCUGCAAAUCUGCAUGGCGGUGACGUAGUUGCUAAUUAUCCAUUUGACGAAUCGUGUGAUGGUGAACUAAGGCACUACCAAGGUUGCCCGGAUGACGCAAUAUUUCGUCAACUCUCAUCGGCAUAUAGCAACGGUAACAGUCAAAUGGCGGGUUCAACCGGUUGCUCCCAAGACGAUGACUUUCAUGAUGGGACCACUAAUGGCGCUGCGUGGUACAGUAUAGGGGGAGGCAUGCAGGACUUCAAUUAUCUUGCCAGCAACUGUUUUGAGAUCACGAUUGAGAUGAGUUGUGUUAAGUUUCCACCCGCUUAUUCAUUACCCGUGUUCUGGCAACUAAACCAAAACGCAAUGAUCGAUUAUAUUUACCAGUCCACAUGUGGCGUUAAGGGGUUCCUCUACGACGCCGCUAGCGGCGCCCCAGUGCCCGAUGCCGCUGUAAUAGUGGAGGGAAUACAUCACGUGGUAUAUUCUGCUGCUGAUGGCGAUUACUGGCGCCUCCUCGUGGCAGGAAACUACGCAAUUCGUGUCCAGGCUCAAGGAUACGAACUCAGUGAAAUUAAAACUGUCCAAAUCCCUGAGUGUCGGCCAUAUUCAGCCGUUGAACUAAACUUCAACCUGAAGAAAACUAACCGACGUGAAACCGCUAAGGAAACCGAUGACACACUUCAACGACUUCGAUCUGUUCUACUUUCGAUCCAACAGUGAUGUGUUUGACCUUAGAUAAUAUAUAAGCCACAAAGGGGACCGCAUGGCCCAAAACCCGAUAACUUCUGGGCACAACUAAUUCUUAACUCUCUUUGCCAUAACCCUUAUAACUCUUAUGUGGCUGAUGCUUAAAAGAUCUAACUAAACAGUAUUAUUUGUCUACUUUCAACUUUAAAGUUGGGCCAUAUAGUCUCACUUAUGGUUUAUAAACCGAUCCGUAAAGUUUUGAUUCGAAUUAGUGAUUUUCAUUGUAAACGUUAGAUGUGUUUUUUAAGAGACCGUACAAACGCUACAUUACCAGAUUAAUAGUUCUGCGUUUUCUUAGUAAUUCUGUUUUAGUAUGUUUUCUGUAAAUAGAUUUUAUGAAAAAAGCUGCAUUUUCAGGCUUACUUUAUUAUAAAUAGACGAAGAAUUUACACUGAUUGUUUUUUGUUAAACGUUGUUUUUAGUCUUUAUGUCUUUGCUGUCUACACGAGCAAUAAUUUAACAAGGAUUUAAAUCCGCAAUUUCCAAUGUUGUAUGUGCAAUGUUAAACCACUUACGUGUCCAAUAAAGUUUCAGUGUUGCUCAACGAAAAGUGUUUUUUAUUUAUCUGGAAACAUUUUAAUUUACAAUAAAAUAAAAUAAACAAAA